AUGUCCUCGCGCCGCCCCCCGCCGGCGGCCGCCGACCGCGCGGCGGAGGCGGGCGACGCGGCCCUCGCGCGCGACAUCGUCACGCUCCACAAGGCCCUCUCCCUCGACCCCUCGCGCCGCCGCCGCUCGCUCCCGCUCCCGCUCCCGCCCCCAUCUGCCACCUCCCUGACGGCCAUCUCCCACCUGGGCCGGCGCCGCCUGGACUGCGCCUUCACCCUACACGUGCACUCCAUCGACAACCUCCCCACCGCCCUCGACGGCUCCCCGCUCACCGUCCACUUCCGCCGCCUCUCCGCCAGCGCCUCCACCCGCCCGGUCCCCCCAGCCCUCGGCGCCGCCGCCUUCGACGAACCCCUCACGCAGCGCUCCCCGGUCUACUUCUCGCGCGGGGCCAAGAACGCGGUCAAGUACGAGCCGCGGGCCUUCGCCGUCGCCGUCAACGCCGCCGCGCUCGAGCUCGGCCGGCACGAGGUCGACCUCACCCGGCUCCUCCCGCUCUCCAUCGACGACCUCGACGACGGCGGCGACUCCGGGUUCGGCAAGUGGACCACCAGCUUCCGCCUCUCCGGCGUCGCGCGCGGCGCGCGCCUCAACGUCACCUUCGCGUGCGCGCUCGUGCCCGCCGCCGGGGAGCAGCAGGUGGCCGGGCUGAGGCGCGGCUCCGUGGCGCGGCAGGCGCCCACGCCCGUGCCUGCACGGACCCGGGACGUCGUCAGGGUGCUGCACGAGGUUUUGCCCAGCACCAGGCCUGCCAAAGCCUUGGCCUUUGCUGGUGACGCAGGUCUUGGUGCCACAAAGGCAGCAGUAGAACCCGAGGAGGAUGGUUCGCCGGAGUCAAAGCAUUGCACGUCGGUGGAGGUGAAGAAGGGGGAGGGGGACUUUGCGCACCCAGAUGGCGAUUGCUACAGCGCAGAGUUCAAUGUGGUUGAGCAGGGAGUUGAGGUCGCCAUCCAGGAUCUAGAGCAGCUCAAACCUGCCGAGCCUGACUAUGUGGCUCAUCCUGCAGAGAAUUUUAAUGGGGAAGCUAAUGAAGAGGGAACAACCAAGCCUGCAUUUUUUGGCGACGAUCCUGCUAAAGACGACGACACCGUUGAAGUGAAGCUGGAAGAGGAGCCCAGCGAUGUCGCUCCUGAAACGGACGAUGUGGGAGACAAGCAGGCUGCGCCUGUCCAAGCAGCCGUGCUCCCUACUUCUGCAUUGGAAGAAGAUGGUCAGCUGGCAGAGGAUGCAGAACUGGAGGAUCUGGAGUCUUUGUUCAACAAAUUCGCAAUCGUGGAGCCAGAUGAAUUUGAUUCGCCCACCGUGGACGAUAAGCUGUCUAGGCGAAUGAGCUGCAUGGGCGCGGUAGACGGUUACAAUUCCGCCAGCAGGAAGAGCAGAUCACGCAGCGUGGAUGCUUCGUCUGAUUUUGUUGCUAGCGAGUUCUUGGAAAUGCUUGGGAUCGAGCACAGCCCAUUUGGGCCAACCACAGACAGUGAUUCAGAGUCGCCGAGAGAGAAGCUUUGGAAGCAAUUCGAAAAAGAAGCUCUGGAAUCUGGGGACUGUAUUCUAGGUUUGGAUUUCGAAGAUGGAGCGGAGGAAGCUAGUUGUGACGACUUUGCAGAGGAAUUUGAUCUCUCCGCAAUCAUACACGAGGCUGAACUUGAGCUGCAGAAUGCAGCUCCGCCCAUAGACGCCACAUUUACAGCCAAGUCACUGGAAGACCAGGAAGCUGAAGCUUUGAUGCGUCAGUUCGGGAUAAAUGAGAAGUCCUUCCAAUCUUCCCCACGUGGAACUAGAAGUGGGUUUGGUAGCCCCAUUGACAUACCACCUGAGCUGCCCCUAGAGCUGCCGCCUUUGGCUGAUGGUUUGGGCCCAUUUAUUCAGACAGAAGAUGGAGGAUUUCUGCGGUCGAUGAAUCCAGCUCUUUUCAAGAAUGCAAAGAACAACUGUAGCCUGGUCAUGCAGGCUUCUUCUCCAAUCGUGCUACCAGCAGAAAUGGGCUCUGGAAUUAUGGAGAUAUUGCACGGUCUAGCUUCAGUUGGAAUCGAAAAGCUAUCAAUGCAAGCAAACAAACUUAUGCCCUUGGAAGAUGUGAAUGGAAAAAUGAUGCAGCAGCUCGCCUGGGGGGCUUGUCCUGCUCUAGAGUCUGCUGGAAGAUACGACCUAUUGGAGAACCAUAGCAUGGAAGCUUUGGCAGGAGGGGUCAGUGAUGCUCCCUCGGGAAAAAAGAAGAAAAGAAGAGGUGCUGAUCUGUCAUCAUCAUUGGGUGGGAUAAAUGCUUCAGAAUAUGUUUCACUUGAGGACCUUGCCCCAUUAGCUAUGGAAAAAAUUGAAGCCCUUUCUAUUGAGGGUCUGAGGAUACAAUCUGGCAUGUCUGAAGAAGAGGCACCCUCCAAUAUCAGUGCCCACCCUGUUGGUGAGAUUUCAUCUCUGCAAGGAAAAUGCGCAGAGAAUACACGGACCCUUGGGUUAGAAGGGACUGCAGGAUUGCAGCUUCUGGAUGUUAAACAAAGUGGUGGCGAUGUUGAUGGAUUAAUGGGAUUAUCAAUCACUCUAGAUGAGUGGAUGAGGCUUGAUUCUGGAGUGGUCGACGAAGAGGAACAGUUCAGUGACCGUACAUCGAAAAUACUUGCUGCCCACCAUGCCAAAUCAAUGGACCUACUUGCUGAAAACCAGAAUGCGGACAAAAAAAGCAGAAGAUCUGGUAGAAGAUGGGGUUUGUUGGGGAACAACUUCACAGUUGCUCUUAUGGUUCAGUUGCGUGACCCGCUACGUAACUAUGAGCCAGUUGGCACACCGAUGCUUUCUCUGAUUCAAGUGGAGAGGGUUUUUAUCCCUCCAAAGCCCAAGAUAUACACCGCUGUUUCGGAGAAAGGCAACAGCGAGGAAUAUUAUGAGGAGCCCAAGACUGAGGAGAUUCUAGAUAAAGCAUUGGUUGCUGAAGAAAAGAUUGAGGAGGAAGAUUCUGUACCUCAGUUUAAAGUCACAGAAGUGCAUGUAGCUGGCUUUAAGAGUGAGCCUGAGAAGACAAAACCAUGGGGUAAUCAAACACAGCAGCAAGCUGGCUCAAGAUGGCUGCUAGGAGCUGGCAUGGGUAAAGGAAACAAGAAUCCUCUGAUGAAAUCCAAAGCUAUUGCAAAGCCAACGAAAGAUGCGGCUGGCCAGCAAGGAGACACCCUCUGGAGCAUUUCUUCACGCGUUCAUGGACCAGAGACGAGAUGGGGUGAGCUAACAGGAUCUAAGAGGAACCCAAAUAUCCUCCUCCAAAAGGAUAAGAGAUUUCGGUGACAGAUAUUAUCAAUUCUGGGUAGGUAGUUCUUGAAUGAAUGUCAAGGGGUGCCAGGUUUGGGGUGGUCCAUCUUUUGUACCAAAUGCUCCUACUAGACUGUUAAAUCAUGUAAAUCCAGUUCGUUCGCGUACUGAAUCAUCUCCUAUCAGACCUCUUUACAUGUGCCCCGAGCUGGCUUGUACUUCUUUUGAGCUCGCCUGCGCUUGAUUGUAGUGACAAACUAGUUUUUCUCGUGCUACAGUUUCAAAAGCGUUUUUUCUGCCCAAGAAGGUGCAGUUCUAUCUUCUGAUAUAGUGUAACUGCAUCUGCUCACAACUUGUUAAA